CUAAAAGUAAACAAAUAUGGCUGCCGUCGGAAAGAAAAAGAUUUGGAUUCGGUCAAAGCGGAUCGAUAAAGGAGAUGUGAGUGGUGGUGAGGUAUAUUGUAUUGAUAUAAAUGAGAACCAGUCUGGACAGCAGAUCAAGGAAACCAUUCUACAGACAUGUGACUUAUGUAAUCACAAUAACAUUGUUCUCAAGUUAAGAAAUCACAGAGGUUCAUUGAUACCUAUCACAUGGAAUCUGUCUGCAAACCCAAGUACAAGGCCUUACAUUUUGGAGGUUGUGAGAAUCCAUCAAAACAUAAAAGCCCAGCCAAGAUCUGUGAAAAUCAAAAGUUAUAAUGAAACUACAAAGGAGAAGCUGACAGAUAUAACCAGAAGGAUUGAGAAACUAGAAGCAGCGGCACCAGAACUAAAACAGAGGAGGAAUGAUAAAAUUAACAAGGAGAUGAAGGAAGUUGAGCAGAUGUUAGAAUUCCUGGCCAAGCGGAUGGAAGACGCUGAGAAUGUUAGUUGGAAAGGAAUGUUCAAGAAAAAUCCUCUCUGGUGACGUGCCUUGACAUAGAGAUCAGCAAUAGGCUUACUAGCAGAGAUUGUAGAACUGUGUUAUAUAUCAGGGACUGCGUUAAAAGGUUUUGCUGAAUGGAAAUGCUGCAUUCCAUAUUUGGUCAUUGUUUGAAGCACUGAGUUGUUUGCUAUAUGAAAUGUUUAUGAAUUUAUAAUUAGCUAGAUAUUUAAUGAGGAAUUUGAAAAGUGUUUGGACGUUUGUCGUUGUAGCAGUCAGAUUUUUUUUAUCCAAAUGUCUGUCAUUGUAUUCCAAGUAAGACAGUUUUUUGCCAAUUAUUUUUUUCAAAAUUCUUUCGCCACUAUUAAGAAUUUGUCUCAUUUUGUAACAAUGACAAAUGGCAAGACAGCUUUGUAAAAGUAUUCAGUCACAUUUGUGUAUGUAAAGCAAAUGGUUUGCUUGAAAGCAAUUUUAUAGAGACAUUUACAUCCUCUACUGAAAAUCUUCACCUCGGGGUAGGGGAUGUUAAUAUAACUUCAACAUUUUUCUUAUUGUAUUCCUCUUAUCUACUUUAACUCAGUACAGCUUAUUUCAAUAACAAACAUAUCAAUAAUUUUUUGUGUAAAAUUAUUUUAUAUUUUCAUGAAGUCAGAUGAUCCGUAUUUUAACACAUAGGGCAUGUGAUAGAAUCUGUAUUGUUAUAGUUUAUAUUGGAAAAUGAAAAUGUUCUGGAAUGACAUGAGAAGAACUUCAAAUAUGAAAUCAUUUAAUUUCAUGGGCAUGAAAUUUUGUGGUUUUGGCCAAGACAGCUGUUUUAUGGUGAUACAGAUUCAUGUAGUUCAGCUUUUGAAGAGAAAAUGAAAGGGAAUUGUAUUUGAUUUAAUUCUAUGAAUUUGCACAAUCAUGAAAUUCCCCAAAAAUAAGAGACUCCUAUGAUUAUUAAUGAUUUUCACAAUAGUGCAAAAAAGCAAACAAAGAAGAUACAGCAGUACAGGUCUAGAUAUGUUGUAUAUUUCUGUUAUCUGAGGUGUUUUUAAUAUACAGUUGUUUCAUGUUAUAAGCAGAAUAAUGCUUACAUGUCUUAAAUUAUAAAACACAAUUAACUUAUGCCAAUGUUUUUUUUAAAGAAAAUAUUUUCAACAAUAUCUGAAAUAUGUGAUAAGAGUAAUCUGUAAAUAUUUUUUAUUGUUUUAGUAUUUACAUAUAGUUACUGUACCCUGAGUGUUUUAAUUGUUGUUUCAUGUGGUUGUAUUCUAUAUUGUAUUAAUGAUCUGUAGAGACAUUUUGGAUCUGUAAGAAACAAAAGUAGACUGUUUUGCUAUACUUAUUUGUUGUUUUUUUUCUGACAUUUAUAUAUAUAUUUUUCUGGAAUUUUUCAGUGAUUAUAAUCAAAUUUUUAUGAAAUUUGGACUUUGUUCUGAAACAAAUUUUGACAGAUUUAUUUAUAGACCCAGGUGGUAUUUUUAAAGCAGCGUUUUGGUGACUUCUACCUCAUUUCACUUUGUAAGCAUUUAUUAUCUAUCUUAUUUUUCAUUUGCUACAUUAUGUGUUUAUGUGUUUGUUAGAAUAAAUGAAAUGUAUUAUUUAUAGAGAGGAGAUGAUUAUUAUGAUUAUUCUACAGUCCCUUAAAUGGCUUAGCUCACUCACUGUCUGUUGUCCAUCAAUGUCAGCAAUUUCUUCAAACAGCAUCUUGACAACCGCCUCGAUACCUAGUGAUUGAGGUCGUGGGUUCGAUCCCAGCCACGUCGUACCAAAGACAUGAAAAAUGGUACCAGUAGCUCCCUUGCUUGGUGCUCAGCAUUAAAAAAUGGGAAACUGGCCUCUUCUCUCAUACCCUCAUGGUGAUGGAUUCCAUCAGGAAUGAGGUGUCGAGAGUGAUUAAUAUAAGUUGUAGAACUUCCUUUACAAUCAACCUAAAAUAAUUACAUAUAAACUAAACAACAUCUCAAAAAAAACAAUAUUUUGUGAAGUUGGUAAACUCUAGCCUGGGUUUCUGGGAUGGUCCACUUCCAAAAUUUUGCAAACUGUUCCACUUUAGGGGUAUCAGGAGCUAUAAAAGAAAGAUCUUCAAACAACAUCUCCUCUUGAAACAGUAGUCUGAUAUGAAAUAAUUUCACUCAGUCGUUAAAAUUAUUCCAUUUUGUAAAAUAGACUAUAGCCUCGGGAGGGAAUGUGUUCAUGGUCACUUUUCACUAUAUGUAUUUAAUCCACAAACUUUGAAAUGUCUUGUCAGAGCUUGCAGGCCUGGUUUUAAACUAAUUUUGCACAAAUGUUUCUUGGGUUAACUUCAAAAAUCUCUUGAAUCUGCUUGCAAGUUUUAUAAGUCAGUUGGGCAUUGGUAGAAAUAUUUCUUCUUGUACCUUUUUGAGCUUUGAAACUCAGGUGGGCAAUAUAGGACCAUUAUGGCUCUCUUGUUGUUAAGAUUAAUUCAGGAAUGGAUUACAUUUAUUGUAGUUAUUAUAUGGUAAUGAAAUAUAUAUGGCAUUUUUAUAAAGGGAACCAAUGUAUUUCAUACUCGAAUGAAGCUGUUAGGGUAGUGAUUAAUAUCUUAUUUUCACAGGUUUUUUUUUCCUUCUAAUUUGUUUAUUUAUCAAGCUUUAAAUCUCUAAAUGGAUAAAACUGUCCACUGUGAAGGCUUAGGGUUCAGCAACAAAUAUCCUAAUAUUGUAUCACAACAUCAAAACGCAAUGUGCAGUAAAGUGCAUGCUAUCUCGUAUCUUAUUUGAGUGCCGGACUUGGGAAGUACUCCGUCUUUUGGAGUUAACAGGAAUUAGGAUAUGAUCAAUGUAUGUUUAUUCGUCAAAGGAAAGGCAUUUUAACUUCAAAUGAGUAUAAUAUAAAGAAUAUUGUAUUUUAUGGAGAUUGUGUAUGCUGAUCCAGCUAAAUAAACACAGAUGUUUCAGGCACAUUAAAUAUGCAAAAUGUGUAAAACCUUUUAGCACCACGACAUAAUUCUGAUUGAAUCACAAAAACAGUAUAAGAGGAUACAUAUCACAUACCAUACUUAAUGAAAGAAUGGGAAUCAUGAAAUAGCAAAAACAACAACAACAACAACAACUCCUCAUUCCAAAUAAAAGGGAAUAGUAAGCUAGGUGAAAAUCGUCAGUGUUAGAUUUGUAACUGUUUUUAAGGGGUUAUACAGUGAAUGAUUGUUAAUUGUUAGUGCUGAUAUAGAUAUUGCAUGUGUCAUGGUACUAGUUACAGGUAGCCUGCAGACAAAUCUUCUUGUUAAGAUGACUGUACUGAUUGAUACCUUCAGUUGUACUCUGUUAAUUACCAGUCACAAAGGUCAUUCUGGAAAUGAUAUCUUACUUGUGAUUGUUUUUUAUCAAAUGAUAGCUUUCCCUUGAUACAUCAUGCAGCCAGUUUUUAUAAAGUCUUUAUUACUUAUUCAAUGUUAAAGAAUUAGUUUUCUCACAUUUUGACCAGCACCUGUUCUCCUAAAAUUGAAUUAUAUUUACAUACCCUGAAUUGUUACACACUUAUCUGCACUGAGUUUUUACUUCAACUUGCUGAUUGCUGCCUUGCAGGAGUGAGUUUAGUUUUGCAUCUUAUUUGAUUAAAUUUUCAGUAAUCUACGUUUUUUUUAAGCAUCCACAUCUGAUAUUAGCUUAUACUGGUUAAUUAAUGGCACCUUACCAGGACUUCAGAACACAUAAGAAUUUUAUGUUUACAUCUAGGUAAAGCCUCCUGUUUAAGUUGAAAUUGUUUUAAUUUGAGGGUACAUUUUAAAGGCAUACCAUAAGCUCAUGGAAGUAAAACUACAGUUUGAUAUCACACAAGUUCACACAGUGCUUUUGACUGUAGCAACUAUUAAAUUGUCAUGUCGAGGGGACUGUAAGCGAUGUCUAGAAAUUUUAUGCUGUUAACAGCUUCAGACUGCUGUCUAAUAAAACAGUCUUGAAACUGAGUUCUCUUUGCAUUGAAAUGGUAUAAAAUUGCAAAGUAAUACAGACAUUAUGAUUGAGCUGCACCAUGAGAAAACCAACAUAGUGCAUUUGUGACCAUGCAAUUAGAGAAACAGUUAGCAAACAGCAUGGAUCCUGACCAGACUGCACGGAUGCGCAGGCUGGUCUGGAUCCAUGCUGGUCGCAAAUGCACUAAGUUGGUUUUCUUAUGGUGCAGCUCAAUUAUAAUGUUUGUAUUACUUUGCGAUUUUAUACCAUUUCAAUGGAAAGAGAACUCAGUUUGAAGUUGUUUUAUUCCUAUCUCUUGUCAUUGGAAUGUCUGUAAGAGCAAAGUUUGUUUCUUAACAACCACAAUUCACCCUAACUUUUCAUCUAAAUUCGAUACACCUUAAAUGUAUAGGUAGGUAAAUAUUUAGGUUCAGUUAUUUAUUAGAGGUAUUGAUAAAGUAUAAGAAUAAAGUUCAAUACUAGUUUAUAUAUUGAACAUGAGAAAUGAAUGUGAAACUACAGCCAAAAUCAGUCAGUGAAGUAAUAAUUUUGCACCAGACUGUAUUUAGUGUUUUUCUUCCUGAAGCUUAUGCUGUUCUAAAAAAAUGAAGAACCAGGUUUAAGGUGGACCAGAAUUUUCAGAAGUAGCUGAAGACGUAAAAGUAUAGUAACAAGUACAAACUACAUAUUUGUAAAGUAAACCUCAAAUGGCUUUUCAAACUUAGAAGGGUUAUCUUCUAGAACUUUUUUUUAUAGCAACUGAUAAAUAUGUGUAUACAGUCGAAACUCCGUAUGUCAAUUCCAAGGGAUUGAGCGUUAUACCGAAAGCAGAAAUAUGACUUAAAAUGAUAUUUUAUACACAUGGUUUUGGGACGGGGCUUGAAAAUGUCUUCGAGAUAGCCGGAAUUUCGAGACAAGGAAGUUUGAGAUGUUGAGUUUCAACUGUAUUUGAGCCACGCCAUGAGAAAACCAACAUAGUGAGUUUGCAACCAGCAUGGAUCCAGACCAGCCUGCGCAUCUGCGCAGUCUGGUCAGGAUCCAUGCUGUUAGCUUUCAAGGCCUACUGGAAUUAGAGAAACCGGAUGCGCAGGCUGGUCUUGAUCCAUGCUGGUCGCAAACGCACUAUGUUGUUUUCUCAUGGCGUGGCUCAAUUUUGUUUUUAUUGUAGUCAGACAGUUUCUCUGUGAUACAAGAAAUAACUGUAAUAAUUUAUGUUCAUGAUUGCAUUUAUCACUAAUGAAUUGUACGUACAUUUUGGAAUAUAUUUAGCAGUAAUUGAUUUGUGAUAUAUAAGUUGAAAUAAAAAUUUAAGUAUUGUAA